GCUAGCUUGUAGUCACCGGCUGGCGUCAUCCUUCUAUCAGUGGUUAACGUCAUUCAUUGUCUCUGCUGCAUUCCUUUCUGUUCAGAUUCACUUAGGAGGUAAUCAUGUUUCUUCCCUUUUAGAUUCACAGUAGGAGAAUAAGAUUUCGCAUCUCCCUCUUCGGCCAUAAAAACCCUUCUCUGUUCCUUCUUCUUCAUCUUCCUUUCUCCUCCUUGCACACACUGGGCCGGUUCUACCCCUGGCCCACUGUGCUGGCUUUUAUAUAUCGUGAGGACUUUUACUUAGUUAUAGUUAGCUAGCGUCAGUAACCGACGCACAUCUUUAUCCCCUCCCACUUGUCCUUGCUAAAUCCACUAUUCUCUGCCGAGUGCCAACUUAGUAUCGACGAAGUAUGGCGGCACCAAUGCAAAUCGACAGCGAGCUCUACGAACAAUACGACAAGGAAUGGGUAGCAAGAGCUUUAUGGGAUCCCGUCGAAUACCAAAGCUUCCGCAACAACCAGCUAAGAAUUCAGCGUGCUGCUAUAGAACAAUUUCCGAAUUCCGCGGACCUUAUCGCCGAUUCACAGGACAGAAUUAAUUGGAUCGAAAAACAUACACCUGCAGGACCAGUGUUUCCGCCGUCUGAGCCGAUAGGACUUACCCUACUCGCAUAUCAUUGCAUUGAGAGGCUGAAAUAUAGCCUGGCUCACAUGCCAUUCCUAAGUGAAUCGAAGAGAGUCAAUAUCAAUGCGGUCAUUCGUGCUUACCGUAGCGGUUCCCUGAUUCCCAAGCCGGGUGACAUUACAUACUGGUAUGCCGGUAUACAGAAAGAAGACCCGGGACCUCCAGGUCAGCGUGAUGAAGCUCUUGCUCGGUGGACGAAGGAGCAUGGGGAAGGGUCAAUGUGGAUUGAAUCUGUAAGUGUUUUUUUUUUUCCCCUUCGUUGCCUCUCGUUAUGUGCCGUUGAAGAAAGGUACCCAACUAAAUGAUAAAUUAACUACCUAUAGGUCGUACCAAUGCACAACUGUAGCCCGCAAAUGGCAUCAUUACCUAUCUAUUUACCCACCGUUACCUCAGGUACCUAAUUUCAAUUCAUGGCGACUCGGUACAUUUCCCUAUGGCCAAACAGACCUAUAAUUGAGCAACAGUGACCCGAUCAUCUCUACGGGCCCGGGUCCCGUACUCUGAUGGCAAGGUAAGCCAUCUACUCCAUAUCUCUGAAUAAGUUAGUUUAUAAAGUUGGUAAAUGAAUGAGGGAGAUACGUCAUAUGCACUUCGUGGCAGACUGCUGGAAGAUGCCUGUCCCAUUGGGACCUCUCUGGCUCAAUUCGAUGUGUUGUUUAUUUUCAAGAGUACUCCCCUGUAUUGCCUGUGGAUGUUUAAUUAUUAUUGGCCGAUUUAAUGACAUAUAAUAUCAGUUGUGCAAUAUA